UAGAAAUAUCGAUCUAUUUCCAUGUACCAUCUUAGUCUAUUGUUUUAGAGCGGUAGAUAAAAACAGUGCUUUUAAAUAAAAUGUCCAGCAGAUUUUUUUUUUUGUAUCGCUGUUCAGUUUCUAAUCCAUCAUCUUUUGAUGUUUUAGGAGACACAGAAAAGGGUCAAGGAAAUCGAACCACUAAGAAUAAGGACGCCCAUGUCUGUGGCAGGUGCUGUGCUGAGUUCUUUGAAUUAUCAGAUCUCCUGCAACACAAGAAGAACUGUACUAAAAAUCAAUUAGUUUUAAUUGUGAAUGAAAAUCCAGCUUCUCCUCCUGAAACCUUCCCUCCUAGUUCCCCGUCUGAUAAUCCUGAUGAACAGAUGAAUGACACAGUUAAUAACACAGAUCAAGUAGACUGCAGUGACCUUUCAGAGCAUAACAAACUUGACAAGGAAGAAUCCAUGGAUGUGGAGGCUUCCAGCAUUAACAAUAGCAGUAGCAGUUCCAAGAGUGUCAACAAUAGUAUUACAAGCAGUAACAGCUCCACAAUGGGUACCUCAGCUGUAACAACCUCUCUACCUCACAUAGGGGAUCUGACGACGUUAGGCAACUUCUCAGUAAUAAACAGUAACGUAAUAAUUGAAAAUCUUCAGAGUACUAAAGUGGCAGUAGCACAGUUCUCGCAGGAAGCAAGGUGUAACGGUGCAUCGAACAACAAGCUUGCUGUACCUGCCCUGAUGGAGCAACUGUUGGCUUUACAGCAGCAGCAGAUCCACCAGUUGCAACUGAUUGAGCAAAUUCGUCACCAAAUAUUAUUGUUGGCUUCCCAAAAUGCGGACAUGCCAACGUCUUCUAGCCCGUCUCAAGGUACUUUACGAACAUCUGCCAACCCCUUGUCCACGUUAAGUUCCCAUUUAUCCCAGCAGCUGGCUGCAGCAGCUGGAUUAGCACAAAGCCUUGCUAGUCAAUCUGCCAGCAUCAGUGGUGUGAAACAGCUACCCCCUAUACAGCUACCUCAGAGCAACCCUGGCAGCACUCUAAUUCCAUCCAGCAGUGGCUCUUCUCCAAAUAUUAACAUACUGGCAGCAGCAGUUACAACACCGUCCUCAGAAAAAGUGGCUUCGAGUAUUGGUGGCUCACAGCUCAGCAACCCACCAGUAUCGGCAUCAUCUUCACCAGCUUUUGCAAUAAGCAGUUUAUUAAGUCCUGCAUCUAAUCCACUUCUACCUCAGCCCACCCCUAGUAACUCUAUUUUCUCCAGCCCCUUGUCCAAUAUCGGAACACCUGCAGAGGAUUUAAACUCCUUGACUGCCUUGGCACAGCAAAGAAAAAGCAAGCCACCAAAUGUAACUGCUUUUGAAGCAAAAAGUAAUUCAGACGAGGCGUUCUUUAAGCAUAAAUGCAGGUUCUGUGCUAAAGUGUUUGGGAGUGACAGUGCCUUGCAGAUUCAUUUACGUUCUCACACUGGCGAGAGGCCAUUUAAAUGCAACAUAUGUGGAAACAGGUUCUCCACAAAAGGAAACUUAAAAGUCCACUUUCAGCGGCAUAAAGAAAAAUAUCCUCAUAUUCAGAUGAAUCCGUACCCUGUGCCAGAGCAUUUGGACAAUAUUCCUACAAGCACGGGUAUUCCUUAUGGGAUGUCUAUACCGCCAGAGAAGCCUGUCACAAGCUGGCUGGACAGCAAGCCAGUCCUCUCCACGCUCACCACUUCUGUGGGGCUGCCACUCCCGCCGACGAUACCAACCUUGACCCCGUUCAUCAAAACUGAGGAGCCUCAGCCGAUUCCCAUUAGCCAUCCCUCUGCCAGCCCUCCCUGCUCUGUCAAGAGUGACUCGGGAACCGCUGACCCCACAUCAAAAAUUUCCAAUGGACUUUCUGAUGAGGUAGAGGCUGGUGCUUUGCCUACCUCAAAUGGCAAAAUGGAAGAAAACCCUCAAAAUUCAAAUUCCGUUGCUAACAUGAGCAGCUCUGUGAGUUCACCGGCAGCAGACUCGGGCUCUGGCGGCAUCGCCACUUUUACAAAUCCACUGAUGCCUCUAAUGUCAGAGCAAUUUAAGGCAAAGUUUCCAUUUGGAGGACUGUUGGAUUCGACGCCAGCGUCUGAAACGUCAAAACUGCAGCAACUGGUAGAAAACAUUGACAAAAAGGCAACCGAUCCCAACGAGUGUAUCAUUUGCCACCGAGUUCUCAGUUGCCAGAGCGCACUGAAAAUGCAUUAUCGCACCCAUACCGGUGAGCGGCCAUUUAAAUGUAAAAUCUGUGGACGUGCUUUCACUACUAAAGGCAACUUAAAGACUCAUUACAGCGUCCACCGUGCCAUGCCCCCACUGAGAGUACAACAUUCAUGCCCGAUCUGCCAGAAGAAAUUCACCAAUGCAGUUGUGCUUCAGCAGCACAUCCGGAUGCACAUGGGAGGGCAGAUCCCAAACACCCCGGUCACCGAAAACUAUCCCGAGUCAAUGGAAUCUGAUACGGGAUCUUUUGAUGAUAAGAAUUUUGAUGAUUUAGACAACUUCUCAGAUGAGAACAUGGAAGACUGUCCUGACAGCAGCGUGCCAGAUACUCCGAAAUCUGCAGAUGCAUCACAAGACAGCUUGUCUUCUUCCCCUCUGCCCCUGGAAAUGUCAAGUAUUGCUGCUUUGGAGAAUCAGAUGAAGAUGAUCAAUGCAGGACUUGCUGAACAACUUCAGGCAAGCUUAAAGUCGGUAGAAAAUGGGUCAGUGGAAGGGGAUGUUUUGACUAACGAUUCGUCGUCUGUCGGUGGUGACAUGGAAAGCCAAAGUGCUGGAAGCCCUGCUGUCUCAGAGUCUACCUCUUCCAUGCAGGCCUUGUCCCCAUCCAACAGCACUAACGAUUACCACAAGUCACCAAGUAUCGAAGAGAAACCAGUAAGAGCUUUACCAAGUGAGUUUGCCAAUGGUUUGUCUCCAACCCCUGCAAACAGUGGUGCUUUGGACUUGACAUCUAGUAACACUGAUAAAAUGAUUAAAGAAGAGUCUCUGAGUAUGCUCUUUCCUUUCAGAGAUAGAGGUAAAUUUAAAAACACCGCAUGUGACAUUUGUGGCAAAACAUUCGCUUGUCAGAGUGCCUUGGACAUUCAUUACAGAAGUCAUACCAAAGAAAGACCAUUUAUUUGCACAGUUUGCAAUCGUGGCUUUUCCACAAAGGGUAAUUUGAAGCAACAUAUGUUGACACAUCAAAUGCGAGAUCUACCAUCACAACUUUUUGAGCCCAAUUCCGGUAUCGGUCCUAAUCCGAACUCUUCGGUUAUGCCUGCUAAUUCACUGUCAUCGCUCAUAAAGACGGAGGUUAACGGCUUCGUGCACAGCUCCUCUCAGGACGGCAAAGAAACACCCUCUGCUCUGGCUGCUUCGGGGCCGCUGUCCUCUGCCACCUCCCCUGUCCUGCUGCCUGCUCUCCCCAGAAGAACACCCAAACAGCACUACUGCAACACGUGUGGGAAAACGUUUUCCUCCUCCAGCGCUCUGCAGAUCCACGAAAGGACGCACACUGGUGAGAAACCUUUUGCCUGCACUAUAUGUGGAAGAGCAUUCACAACAAAAGGCAAUCUGAAGGUUCACAUGGGCACUCACAUGUGGAACAGCACUCCCGCAAGGCGAGGCAGACGACUUUCCGUCGAUGGCCCCAUGACGUUCCUAGGAGGCAAUCCUGUAAAGUUCCCGGAAAUGUUCCAGAAGGAUUUGGCUGCGCGGUCGGGGAACGGAGACCCGUCCAGCUUCUGGAACCAGUACGCAGCAGCGCUCUCCAAUGGCUUGGCCAUGAAGACCAACGAGAUCUCCGUCAUCCAGAACGGCGGCAUCCCUCCGCCGCCGGGAGGCCUGGGCAACGGGGGCAGCUCGCCCAUCAGCGGCCUGACGGGCAGUCUGGAGAAGCUCCCGAGUUCGGAACCCAACGCACCUCUAGCUGGUCUGGAGAAAAUGGCAAGCAAUGAGAACGGGACAAACUUCCGCUUUACGCGUUUCGUGGAAGACAACAAAGAAAUUGUAACGAAUUAGUAAAAACUAUACCUAACAUUCCUGCAAAUAGUGCAACCUAGGGUUGCUUUUUUCAAACUGCAAGCUACAACAUUACAGAGACUUUCUUUUUUUUUUUUGUACCAUGUUCUACUUCUAGAGUUCUAAGAGAGCUUAUUUAUUAGCGAUAUAACCUUGCUUUGCAAACAAAUGCAAGCAUUAACUUUGGUCUCCUGUAUUUUGAACUAAAUACUAAUCGACUAGAGUGCUGUAAAGUUGCUGUAACAUUUAUGGCAGUUGCGAGUCUGUUCUGCUAGGUGAUCUUAUUCUGGCAUUAACUUAUUUUCUAUACCCAGUUUAACAUGAACUCUGGUAUUGAUGCAAUGCCUCAGUGAUGCAUUAGAUCUCUAAUAAAAGUCUGUAUAUAAAUGUA